AUGGCACCUCUUGUCCCCAUCUUCUCCGCCGACUCCCUCCCCGAUCAUGUCAACACCGUCCGCCGCAAUUUCCAAGAGAAACGACGCAAAGGCGAACCAGUCAACCUCACAGAGUGCCCAUUGCUUGAAAUGACUCAGUUCUCUUGUAACCCUCCACAAAAUGGGGUUCCUGAUCCAGGAGUUGUGGUAUGCGACCCUGUGGUGCGGUUGUUUCGACGCUGUGCCGGUGGAUUAAUGGUUGAAACCACAUCAUGGGAGCCAAUCAGGCUGGCAGAAGAGGCGAAACAAAAGCAGACCCUGAAACAAUAA